AUGGGUUUAUUCAGAGAAGGUCUUUUUGCUUUUCGUGGUCGAAGAUUUAUUGAAUGGCUUUUUAUGGAUCGUCCUCAACUUCCUAUAUUGUUUGGUCUUUCAUUCUAUACUCUUUUCUAUCUCAAUUAUAAAUAUGACUUACUUGCACGAUGGAAUGGUCAACAAACUUACAAUGAUUAUUCCUAUGUUAAAGAAGCUGUUGAACGUGAACGUGCUCGUCUUGCUACUCUUUCAUCUUCUCCAACACCUGUUUCUGCUUCACCUCAAUCAUCAUUGUCUUCAACCGGUGCCAAUUAA